CAAGGUUGUUGCAAAGUUCUGUGCCAAGUAUCUUCACCAGCAGGUUCUCAAGCAUGAAGCAUAUGCAGCUGGUGACAUAGGGACAUCACUUCAAGGAGCAUUUUCAGCGCAGAAUGGAUGAGAUGAUGCAUGGACAAAGAGGAUGGAGAGAAUUAGCUGUUUUGGGUGAUAAAAUAGACAAGUUUACUGGCAUGAUUGAAGGAUUGAUGUGGUCGCCAAAGGGUAGUGAUGGUAUUGACCAAGCUGAUGACUGGACCUUUGAGGAGGGCCCUCACUCUGACUUUUCUGGACCAACUUCUGGGAGCACAGCGUGCGUAGCAGUUCUAAGGAACAACAAACUUCUUGUUGCAAAUGCUGGUGAUUCUCGUUGUGUGAUAUCAAGAAAGGGUCAGGCAUAUAAUCUCUCUAGAGAUCACAAACCUGAGCUAGAGGCAGAGUGUCAUGCACAAGAGAGAAGGCAGAGAAGAAGAAAUUAGACUUGAGGAAAGGGAUUUGGGAAUUAUUAAGGAAGGGUUAGGAAUUGAAGAGGAGGAAUUGGGAAUUAAAGCACGUGAAGGGCAUAUGAUUAACUUAUCGGAUGAGUUGGAGCAGGCUGAGUGGAUC